AUGUUACGCAUGAGUUCAUUCACAAGUUCUGUCAAUGUAAUAUACUCUUCUGAUGAAUCUCCUUUGAAACAAGAAAAUAAUAGCUGGGGUCACGUAGACAUUAUAGAUGAAAUUUCUGAAUUAACCAAUAAUGGCAUUAGUGUUGGAUUAUAUGUACUACAUAUUAAACCCGGUCAUUCCAUACCAUUACAUAUUCACAAUAUUAUGACUGAGUCAGAAAUGGUCAUCAGUCAUAAUCUAAUUUGUCAAAAAAAGUCCGUUUCGUAUGGCUGUGCACAUACAUGGUAUUCAGCACCGCAUGAGUAUUCAAAUCCAAAUCGGUUUCCACAAUCUAUUUUAUGCAUUGAUUCACCUGCCUUCAUUCCAACAGAUGAAAUUUUAGUGGAAGGGAAACCAGCAACAAAUAUCAGCAUGGUUUCAAUGAAACAUUAUUUAUUUGAUGCAAAAUCUACAUUUUGUUUUCCAGGACUCUUUUCAUCUCAACAACAAAUAGUAUUAACAAUUAAUCCAUCAGAAUUUCACUCAAAUUCAUCUGCAGUUCUGGUCUUCGCCUUUAACUUAAAUGAUGAAUUAUUGUUUGUACACCACAAAAAACGAGGAUGGGAAUUACCGGGUGGUAAAAUUGAAAUAAGUGAAAAUGAAAUACAAGCUUGUAUUCGAGAAACAUUUGAAGAAAGUUAUUGUGAAUUAGAGGAAAGUUCUUUACAGCCUAUUGCUCAAUAUAAAAUCAUCGAUAACGAUAAUAUUGGUGAUGUUCAUAUUAAAUCUGUCUAUGCUGCACGAGUUAAAUUAGAAUAUCAAGACUGCCCUUUUGACCAUGAAACGAAACAGCGAAAAUUCGUUUCACCGCUCGAUUGGUUGACAAUUUUAAAUGAAAGUUAUAGUAUAUUAUUACACGAUGAUGUUUACCCAAUAUGUUUAGAAAUUACUAAACAUAAACUAAACAUCAGUACUACUAAUUAA